ACUGUACUACGGACACCGGCCGUUCGGUUUCUCGCGUUCUCGCGCCUCUUCAAGGGUAGACCUUUAAUACUUCAUUUAUUUCUGAUCUGUGUCGUUUUAUUAUGGCGUACGCAAUGAGGCGAUGAUCCUGUGGUGGCGAUGCGUUGGACUCAAAGGCUGCUUGUGCCGGGUUAGGGCGCCCGUGCUUUGGUUUGCCAACAGGGCUAGUGCUCUGUCGCUUCUGAGACCAGUGACAGCCUCGCCCGCUGCAUGCUUUGCACCAAUGUCGGCAAUGAGCCCCAAGCAGGCGCAAGUGACAGAACAUUUCUUCAAAAAGAACAAGUCGCUCAAGAGGCCUUUGUCACCUCACCUGAGCAUUUAUGCACCGCAAAUGACAUCAAUGCUUUCACUGACACACAGGGCAACUGGCUGUGGCAUGGCAGUGUGCCUGUAUGGAAUGGGUGUGAUGCCAUUUGUGUGCUCGCACCAGUUCCCGCACUAUGUGGAGGCCCUGCAGGCCAUGCACAUCUCACCCAUCCUCACUUUCCCAGUGAAGCUUGGCCUGGCCUUUGCCCUCUGCUACCACACUUUCAAUGGCAUGCGCCACCUGGCCUGGGAUUUGGGUCUUGGCUAUGGCCUCAAGGAACUCUACACGACAGGCUUUUUUGUUCUUGGUCUCAGUCUUGUGACGGCAGCAGUGUUGGCCUUCAAGUAGACCACCCUGUACCUUGCCUGCAGCGCCUCAGGUCAAGGUGGCAAGCCUGCCCACUGACAUGCAGAGUCCCUUUUUUAGGGGUUUCCAUAGACAGGAAAAAAAAGGUACAACACUCUCUUGAUAUGGUGGGUCAAGGUAUCUGUGAUUGUUAAUAAAAAAAUCUGCGACAGCUGUGCAUCUAA